AUGAACGGCCUCCCAAAUGAGCAGUCGCAGGCACCUCAUGAGGUCAAGAUCAAGUGGCCUAAGCUUGAUGCAACAGUUACAGUGAAGAUGAACGACUCAAACCCGACGUUGGUCAGGCUUCUUGGAACCGUACUGCCGUAUUACUCUCUCCAGACGCAUGCUGUUGUCGCUGGGGAUCAGUUGUACCAUCUUGUUCCCCUGGAGCAGUUGAUUUACACACCCGCCGACAAGAAGGCCCCUGAUCGAGCCAAAGAGCCUGAUGGCUCAGUCUUUCUUUCAUCAUUCCAGCACCUAGUCAUAAAGUAUGGCGAAGUUACUGAGCAUCAAUCUGUAGCCACAUGUGGGAAAGUUAUUGACGAAGAUCUCAAGACGCUACGCUGGGUUGCAGAUAAGAUUUGGAAAAGUCAAUGCGAAGCGAAAGAGCCUAUUGACGUCGUCGUUUGGGAUGCUUCAAAGCCCGAACCUGAUCCAAAGCGGAUCUCGCUAUUUAAAUUUCAGAGAACUGGCACGGAGAAGUCCUGGUCAAGUGUUUCUGUGGAAAUUGAAAAACUCCAUCGUGGCCAAGCCGCAGCGAAGCCCGGAUCGAAAAACUCCUACUUCGGUGCUAUGAUCUUCUCGAGCAGUGUUGUUCGAACUCUGGGCUAUCAUAUCUUCGACAAUAUACUUAAACUCGCUGCCACGCGCCCCGAAUUUACUCUUCAACAUCUGAUUAUACUCUUCCGGGAUCUUAUCCCGUCAAUAUCAGAGUUCAUUGGUUACCUUGGUGUCGAGUUCCUUUGCGACAGCUACUGGAAAGCUGAUAAACUUAUCAAGGAAAAUAUUGAGAGCAAUCCCAACCAGGAAGAAGCCCGCGAAGACUUCCUUGCAAUUAUGAGUGCAUUGGCAUUCUAUGUCAAUCUUCUCAAUGCCCAGAAUCUCCACAUGUUCCCAUGGAAGCAUACAGGUGAAUAUCAAAUCCGGUAG